GCCAAGAAGACCAGGAAGACAUCAAGUGGUCAUUUACUGCACAUCACUCACACAUUCUCUGUGAUUAUACAACAGGAAGAAACAGCAUGGAUUGUUGUGGAAAAUAUGUCAUAGUUAUUUUGGCAUUCUUAUCUGUGUUCUUGCAUGUCCUUCAUUCCUUUCCCGAUGGAGGUUUAAGGACUCAGGGUUGCCCAGAGUGCAAGUUGAAAGAGAACAAUUCCUUUAGAAACGCAGGUUUAAAGGGUACAAUUUUUCAGUGCACUGGAUGCUGCUUCUCUAGGGCUUAUCCAACUCCCAUGAGAUCAAAGAAAACCAUGUUGGUUCCAAAGAACAUUACAUCAGAGGCGACAUGUUGUGUAGCAAAGGCGUUUACAAGGGUUACAUUGAAGGAUAACCUGAAGAUUGAAAAUCAUACAGAAUGUUACUGCAGCACCUGCUAUUAUCACAAAUCUUAAACGUUUGAUGCUACCUGACGACUUAAUGUUACCUGUCCCUGUUUUUUUAACCAUUCAAACAAAUCAGAUGUCGCUAAGAUAACAUAGCUCUGUUCUUUUUACUUUUUCUUCAUCCUAAUUAAAAAGUUGUUUCAUUUAAUAAAAUUGGAUUGUUCUUGCAUGACAAAUAUGAAAUUUGAAGAUACUUUUACUUUUUUAUUCGACCAAACUUGACAUUUUGUAAAAAGAAAAACAAAGCUAUAAAUCAUUUCUCCAUAUAAACCAAUGAUGUCAUGUGUAUCAUAAUUUAUGAAAUAGGGGUAGACUAUUGUAACAAAUAUUAAAGCUUUUACUGUCUUAUCUUCUAAA